AUGGUCCGGAACAUUGUAGUCCUUGGAGGGUCGAGUCACCCUAGACUGACCAACACCAUCUGCGAUCACCUUGGUAUUGCACCAGCGAAGAGAGUCUUGAGCAAAUUUUCUGUCGGCGAGACUCGAGUCGAGAUCGAAGAAUCCGUUCGCGGGAAGGACGUGUUCAUCAUACAAUCCGGAGGCGGCUGCAGCCAGAAUGGCGGCGGCAAAGUCAACGACAUGCUCAUGGAAGUUCUCAUCCUGAUCAGCGCAUGCAAAACGGCGUCCGCCAAGCGCGUCACUGUCGUCCUCCCGCUCUUCCCAUACUCCCGGCAGAGCGACAUACCCUAUAACAAAGUCGGCGCUCCUCUUGCAAGGCUUCCAGGCCAGGUACAUACCAACGGCACCUACACGUUUGACAGUAGGCCGCAGACGCCAUAUCCAGGAGGGCAGCAAAGCGCAGGCCUGAGCAACGGAGCGGACAUCCACAAGCACCUCGCUAAACUGCAAAUCGACGAAAAGCGGCACGGUGGGUCGUCUCACAGCAGCCCUACCAAACCCAGCAAUCUCGUAGACGGAUUCAGCAAGAGCAGCCGAAGCAGCACCUUCGACUCCGAAAAGCAGGCGCACUUUGCAGGCCGCGAACGGGGGACGUCGACUUCACUUGUCAAUGGACACCAGGACAAUCCCGCCUCGGCCACACACGUCGCGAAUCCGCCGCACUUCGAACCGCAACGGGGUUACAAGCAGUGGGUUGCGCAUCCGGGAACACUGGUCGCGGAUCUGAUCACUUGUGCUGGGGCGGAUCAUGUCAUAACCAUCGAUCUCCACGAUCCGCAAUACCAAGGCUUCUUCGAUAUACCAGUGGACAAUCUCUACGGCAGGCAUCUGCUCAGGAAGUACGUGCAAUACAACAUACCCGGCUACCGCGAGGCGGUAAUCGUGAGUCCGGAUGCGGGCGGCGCGAAACGUGCGACGGCUAUUGCUGACGCGCUUGGCAUGCCCUUUGCUCUUAUUCACAAGGAACGUCGUCCGACGCAGAUCACAGAGCGACAGAACGCCACGAUGAUGCUUGUAGGAGACGUCGCGCACCGCACGGCCAUCCUUAUCGAUGACCUUGCAGAUACGUCCAACACCAUCACUAGAGCCGCUAAACUGCUGAAGAAGGAGGGCGCGACGAAGGUGUAUGCGCUGGUCACGCAUGGUGUGCUCAGUGGAGAUGCAAUUGAGCGCAUCAACGCCAGUGCGCUGGACAAAGUCGUUGUCACGAACAGCGUGGAUCAGACGGAAAACGAGAGGAAGUGCCCAAAGCUCGAGGUGUUGGAGAUUGGGCACGUCUUUGCUGAGGCUAUCCGGAGAGUACAUCACGGAGAGAGCAUCAGUGUGCUUUUCGAUCAUUAUGACUAG